AUGGAACUCGAUAUUCAGAAGUUCUUGCAGAAUCCUGAUCAACAGCAGUUUGAGUUCCAUCAUUUUCCUACCUCCUACCUCCGUCUUGCAGCACACCGUGUUGCUCAACACUAUGGUCUGCAGACUAUGGUUCUGGAUAAUUUUACCGAUGGUCAGGGAAGUAAAAUUGUGGUUAGAAAACUGGCAGAAACUAGAUACCCUGCUGUCUGUUUAUCAGAUAUACCAGCUAAAAAGUCAGAGAAUGACAAACAUGAGCAGUUGAAGAUUUUCCUAAGGCCAAGGCCUAGUAAAGGAUCCUCCAAUGGAACCAAUGAACUGGGGACUAAACGCAAUCCUGUAAGAACUAUGGAAGAGAGGAAGGAGGAGUAUGACAGGGCACGAGCCAGAAUUUUCAGUAGUCGAAGUUGUAGUCCCGAGUUCGAGGAUACUCUGCCUCAACCCUCUUUAAAUAGAAAGAAUUUGUCUUCCGGUGGAGAUGAGAUCGAAGGGUUGAGGAACUCCGUCCUGGAUUUAGAGAAAAAUGUCUGCAGCAGGGAUGGUGGUACUUCUUCUCGAGUAGCCAUUUUCCGAGAUAGGGAGAAGGAUCGCACUGACCCAGAUUAUGACCGAAGUUAUGAAAGAUAUAUUAAGUGUAUUCCAACCAACCAAAGCUUUAGCUUGAUGCCUUCUAAUAUGCAGAAGUUUCAGCCUCCAUUCGUGCAGUAUGAUUCUGUUUUUCCUCAGUUGGGGCAAAUGCCAAGGGCUCAAGCUUCCCUCGGCUACAGGAGCCCAGUCAUGAGCCCUUUCUGUGCCAUGGGAUUGAAUCAGACAACCAGGGAUGCUGUCUAUAUGCAGUGGCCAUCUCAAGCCAUGAUAUAUAAUCAGUCAUAUGAUCAAUUUAGACAUGGUGUUUUCCAGUAUACGAGUUGGUAUAGGGACAAGUCACUGAAGAUCAUCAUGGUGUAAAUGACAGUAUACGAGUUGCUUUAGGGAUGAGUCACUGAGUUUCACCCUUAUUAAUUUCUGUGAUUUUUGAAUAGAUUAUAUCCAUAGCUUUCUUAAGAUGAUCAUGCAUGUAUGAUGAUGCAAUCCUCCGGGAUAUUCACAAUGCUUGACAUAGAACAUGUAAUUUUAUAUCAUUCAUGAUAUUUCUUCUCCACAAUAAAGAUAAAGGAAGGCCAGAAGUAAUAAAUUACAUGAUAAAGUGUCAAUGGUGUUGCCAACAAUUGCUUAUGUUUUUCCCUCUAUGUGAAGUGGAGUACAUAGUUACCCCAAAGUUUGGAAUGUUAUGCGGUUUUCCCUUACAUGGUUUUAAGAACUGCUUUCUUUUGAGACAAAUUUAAACUUAGACCCGGGGGCUGAAGUAGUAAGUUUUUCAAUUUUUUUGCAUCCACUCAUGGGCAUGUGAUGGCAGCCACAAGUGUUGUCCAUCAAGAUACAUUGUCAACGCAAAUUUUUUUCUUCAGAAUGAUGCAGCUUAUGUCUCAUUUUUGUGCUGCCAUUUCCUAGGUGAUUAGACCUGUGUACACAAAGCAAAAUUAUACAGUAUUAUCCUUUUUUGUUUUCUCGUUUGAUUCAAUUAUCACUCU